GUGUGUAUGUGCUGCAUGAAUGACUGGUAGAACCAUCACAGAUCCAUCCAUCCAUCCAUUUUGAUUGAUGCAACCAAACCCAUGCUCUAUCACUCAGCCAACCCCCCAGUGCACUGCACCCAUACAGACAGAUAUGUACAUUCCCCCAGUUCGUUCGUAAGCGACCGCCAUACAGAGACGCAGGGAGGUAGACACGAGGCCCACGCGACCCAGCACAACACGACUCACACGCGGGGAGCUAGACGGACAGACAGACAGUGAGACAGACAUGGGAGCAAAGGGGAGUCAGCGGCGGGGAGAGUGGUAUGUUUGUCGGCAGGCACAUCAAUUAAUGUGUUGCUGACGGCAAGUGCGUACGACGCGAGCAGACAGAGACAGAGAGCGAGAGAAUCGGCCAGCCAUUCCGUCCGCUCGGUCGAGAUGGCCUUACACCCAUCCCAUACACACAUAAGCACACAGGGGUUAUGCAUCCCCGUGCAAAUAUAGCCAUCAAAACGUGUGCAUGUCCCUCCCUCCCUCCCUCCCUCCCUCCCUCCGUCCUCCUCUCCUGUGUGGCUAUCUCCCUCCGUCUGUGAGAGCUUUCACCCGACCUCAUUGUCAGCCGUCUCAUUUGAUGGUCGCCGAGCCAGCCAGCGAUGGUCGAUGAUACGACUGAUUGCGAUUCAUGAAGCCCUCUCUCCCCCCCGCCCCGCCCCGCCCCGCCCCUACACAGCCUGUGUCGGCGCUCCCUCCGCUCAACACAAGACAACACACACCAAAAACACACACGGGCACCCGACACAUGUGCUUUCUGUACACCCUCAUCUCAUCAGACGUGCAAUUCCAUGCAUCAGACGCCUACACACCCUGUCUGUCUGUCUGUCUACGACACCUUAGCGCCCUCCCUCUCCCUCUCCCUCUGUCUCGCCCUGCCCCUUCCCCUCUCCCUCUCCCUCUCAUCAGCAGUCUUUCCGUCAUCACUCCCCUGCACCUGUUGCUGCAGCGCCGCCACGUCACCACCCUCGCUCUCUCUCCCGCCUGUUCGCCUCAGCCGCCCCACCGUCCGCCGCAUCACGCGAGACGUCAGCUUGGAGGCAAACUGCCCCGCCAUGUUGGGCACUCCGGGCGACACCGCACUCAUCGCCGCCUGCACACACACAUGCAAGGGAUGGAGGGAGGGAUGGAUGGAUGGAUGGGUGCCUGGGGGGGUGGAAGGACGUGCCUGCAUCCGUAGAAGGGCUUCGAGGCGCACGAAUCGUCUCAUGAGGUUCCGCCUGGUCCGCUCGUCGACCUGUGGGGAUGUGUUGGGCUGCAGGAUGGUCAGCAGCACCUCCCGGGCAGAGAGCAACGCCCGCAGGUCGUCCUCAUCAAGACUGCCGCACACACAUACACACACACACACAGAGAGAGAGAGAGAGAGUGUGGUGUGUGUGUGUGUGUGAUGUGUGGGCGCGUACGUGGUCAUCUGCUCGACUCUGCUGGACAACGCGUUGACAACGCCGAUCGGUGCAGUGACGGGCAGCAAAGGCAGCAGGAUCAGAUUGGCCAGCCAGCUGCGCUUAUCUGACCAAAUCGACACACACACACAAUACACAGACCACACACACGUGCACACGACCUCUCUCUCUGUGUGUGUGUGUGUGUGUGCGUGUGUGUGUGUUGGCACCUGAAAAGGGUGCCGGGAAGAGCCCCGUGAUCAUCCUCACUGCCCUUGCAGGCACUGCCGUCACGGUGCGGGCCAAUGCGUCGGUCAGCCGGACCAUCUCGUCCACUAUCAACUCCUGCAGGGCAGGUGCCAUGCCAACCCACGUCUCGUCUCUCUGUCUCUCUGUCUGUCCGCGACGUACCUGCAUGUAGUUGCCCUCCGGUGCAAAGACGAGCUUGAGCAUCUCCUCCGCCUGUUUGGUCAGCCCCCCUCUCCUCGGUCUCCUCCUGCCCGCCAUGGCCCUUGUGGCGCUGACGGUGGUGGUGUUGCCUUUGCCGGCCGCUGUGAGUGUGUCGUUGUUGGAGUGCUCGGAGGGGUAGUAGUGCAUAAUGGGUGUGAUCUUCUUGCGCUGAAUCGCAAACCUGCCAAAGACACACAUGAAGCGGUGGGUUGGAGGGAGGGGGAGGGGGAGCGGUGGUGGGGGGCUAACCCCUGUUCGUCGACAUGGAUGUGGUCUGCUGCGUCAGCAUCGUCCUCUUCCUGGUCUUCGGGCGGUGGUGGUGGGUCGCCCUCCUCGAUGGCCUUGCUCUUCCGCAGCACCUCGAUCGGCCUUUCAUUCCUCUAUUUCAACACACACACCACACAAAGGUGGAUGGCUCGUGAGGUAGGUGUGGGUGUGACUGUGAGUGUGGCGCUACUCACCUUUUGCCCCCUCCUGUUUGCGGCCGCCCUGCCCCCCUCUCCGCUUGGUGCUGACUCUGCCGCCGCCAUAUCCCGCUCAAGCCCCGUCACAUCAAGCGUGAAAGACGUGUACCCGUCAAUCAACUUCUGCACACGGUCCGCCUGCACGCACCGACACAGAAGAGAUAGAUGCACUACUAUCUCUCUCUCUCUUAUUGGAGGCUCACCCACCCGGAGCACGCCGUCGGUGCCGUAGAGGAAGGAGCGCAGCGCCUCCCGCACUCGGACGGUGUUGUCGCUGAGGAGUCUUUUGGCGAGGUAGGGCAUGCACUCCUCGGUGAUCUGGAAGGUGUCGUCCACCGUCAGACCCAGACCCUCAAGCGUACCAAACGCCCUGCAGACAGGUAUACGUGUGUGUGGAGAGGGAGAGGGAGCGAGGGAGAGGGAGAUGGCUUUGACGCAUUCUGGGUAUGGGGUUGUGGGAUGUGUGUGGCCCACCUGAGAAUGAGGCCAAAGUAGUCAGGCACCCUCAUAGUGUAUUGCUUGGUGAGCUGCUCGAGCUCCCGGCCCAUGCUCUCGAUGUUCAUCGACUCGGUGCCGCCCUACACACACACGCACACACAAACACACACAAACACACACAAACACACACAAACACACACAGAGAGAGAGAGAGAGAGGGACAGACGCCGGCCUGUUGUGACAUGGGGCCUGCUUCUCUGCUGAGGUGACGGGCUCACUUCGUGGAAAGUCUCGACGAGGUGGCUGACCAGCGGCAGGACGUCGUCUCUCAUCUGCGGGUCUUCAUAGACCUAUGUCGACAGACACACACCACACAGGGGAAGGCGUCUCAAGCGGGCAGGUAGGGAGACUUUGGUGUGUCUGUCUGGCAUAGCUGCGGACCUCCUUUGGAAUGAACCCCAGUCUGCAGAGGUCCCCCAGGGUGGCAUUGUAGUCCUUGGCGGACAGAUGCGCAACGUACUCGACUACAGACACAAUGGGAGAAUAUGGGGUGUGUGUGUGCCGUCUAGUCUAUCUAUCUCUCUCACCCCACCCAGUGCGAGCCUUUGGUCCUCCUCGAUCUCCGUGACCAGGCCAAAGUCCAGCAUGCACAAGCGGCCGUCCGGCGUCCGCAAGAAGUUGCCCGGGUGCUUCCAGAAUAUGUCAGAGAAUGACACACACACGGGAAGGGUGUGUCAGCCUCUCACUCAGUCACUCCUUCAUUUGCUCACCGGGUCGGCGUGCAGGAAACCGGUCUCCAGGAGCUGCACGAGAUAGCAGUUGACCAAAGCCUUGACCAGCAACAUCCUGCAGCCAUCCAUCCAUCCAUCCAGGACACGACUCGUUCUUCUCACUGGACAUGCCCUCUCUCUCUCUCUCUCUGUCUGUGUGUGUGUGUGCGUGUGUGUGUAUGUGUGUGGCUGGGGGGAGGUGAGCGGAACUGACGAUGAGGCUCGCUUCUGCGGGUCUUUGGCCUCCUCCUUCAGGUCGCUGAACUUGCUGCCUGAACACCAAAGCGCACACCCAUCACAUGUGGGGGGGCUCAUGCCAGAGGUUUGUGUGUGUGUAUGUGUGUGUGUGUGUGAGAGAGAGUAUACCGUCGAUCCACUCUGAGACAAGGACGUGCUGAGUGGCAUUAUACACCUCCGGCACCACUAUUGACCCUCCCAGCAGCGCGUUCCCCUGCACGAACGACCGAAACCUCUCCUGGUUGGCCGCCUCGCGCUUGUAGUCGAGCUCGUCGAUGAACCGCUUCCCGGCGUUGUCCACCACCCCGAUAAUGGACCCCGCUUUCUUCUUGAGGCCGGGGACGAUCCGCAUCGUCACCUCCAAACCCUUCACACAUUCACAUUCCCCCGCCCCGCACACACACAGAUGGAUGGAUCUGCCUGGCCUGGGUGUGCAGACGCGCGCACCGCACCCUUCGUAUGACGAAAAGGUCGAGGGAGCACCGGCUGAGCAGGUCCGGCCGCUGGACCUUGACGGCCACUUGCUUGGUCCUGCCGUUGGGCAGCCGCCACUCGGCCUUGUAAACCUGACCCAAUGACGCCGCUGCCACGGGAGCCCUGCACACACACGCACACCAAACCCGCACAUGUGCGCGUGGUGCCCCGACAGACAGACAGACAGACAGACAUGCAUCUGUUCGUGUGUGGGGGGUUGGGCAGCUGCUGACCUGAAUGCCUUUCUGUCGGUGAAGAACUGCUCUAUGGGGCCGCCGAGGUUCUUCUCCAAGAUGGCGAUGGCCAAAUCUGCGCAGAGAGAGAGAUGCACACACACGGAAGCGUGUGUGGAUGUGUGUGUCGUGGCUGUGUGUGUGUGUGUGUGGUUGCCUGAGGGGAACGGCCUGACUCGGUCCUGGAACUGCUGAAACUCAUUGACAUAGAGGGAGGGCAGGAUGUCGGGACGCACUGAUAGACCUGCACACACGCAAUCCACAGACACACACACACACAUGAGGGUGGGGUGUCUGCGCGUCACGUUGGUAUGAGCUUGGUCAGUUGCUCUUCGUUCGACCCUGUGCGACUUUGAUGAAGGCUGGACCGAGGUCAGCCACCAUUUCCCUCAGCUGCACGGCGCGCAUCGCCAUGUUGUCAUCCCACCUCUUGGACGAUAUGUCCUACACACAUCCAUCCAUCCAUCCAUCCAUCCAUCCAGAUGUAUCCCCCGCACGGGGUACCUGCUGGAGCUGCCACACAAAUCUCAUGGACUUGCCGCCCACCGACAUGACGCGGCUCGCCACCAUGCGCGGCUUGCGAGAGUAGUGCGCCCGAAGCGCACCCACCUGCACACGACAGACGGCAGACACACACAGACAGACAUCGUGAGGCACUAACUAUUGCGUAUGCGUGUGUGGGGGUAUUCCCUCCCUGCGCACGUCAUAUUUGCGUGGCAGGUUAGGGUCGUCUCCCUCCCUCAGCCACCGACGGACGCUCUCGGCGUCGAAGCCGUUCGGACCACCGACGCCAGUACUGCUGCUGCUGGUGUUGCCGUAGCCAUUGCCAUUAGAGAUCUGUCUGCUGCUCAGUGACGUCACAUUCGCGGCGAGCGGGUCAUAGGAAGGGCCUAGACACAGCACACACACACACAGGGAAGGAAGCGUGUGUCUGUGUGUGUGGUUUGGUGUGUUCCGCUGACACAACGGACCUGUGCGUGUGCCUGGGUGCUGGUGUAGGUCGAUCAUGUCUUGGUCUUGGUGUGUGGGGCCGUAGAGCCCCGCUGACGGGGUGUGUGUGCGGCUCAUCUCGUUGAUGACGUACGCUAUGGCCACCAAACCCAACACACUCGCACCUAAACACACACACACACACAAAGAGAGAGAGAGAGAGAAAUAUCAACGUGCGAAGCGAGGCGUGUGUCUGUGUCUGUCUGUCCGGCUCAGCGCACCUCCGCCGCCCUUUGUAGCGAUUUGCUUCAUGACGUUGGUGACCGUCAUGAAGUCCACCAUCAGCGUGGAGGCAUGGUCCACAGGAAACGCCCCCCGAUACGUCUUUGGGUGUGGCCGGCGGGACUGGAAUGUCGACCAAGGCGGGAAGGGCUGACGACUCCGCCGCACAUCCACGUCAACACAGGGCGGAAUGAGAAAACACGACGCCCGCGCGAUGAUGCCAACGCACACGCACACGAGCACGAGCGGCACACACGGACAUGGCCGCCUCCUCCUUCUCCUUCGAGCUGGUGGAUAAGAAGAAGUUGCCGAUGACGACGAGCAAGCCCGCCUCUGCUGGUGCUGCUCCUGGUGUUGGUGCUGUGUUAUUGGUGGCCGCACACAUGCCCUGCUGCUGACAGCCGUGGCGGUGUAGGUGUAGGUGUGUGCGCCAUGAUCCACUGUGCCCAUGAGAUUUGUAUGAUGUGGAGAUGCGGGCCGGUCAGAGAUGAAGAUGAAGAUCUCACAAACAGCGGCGCUGACGCUGCUUCUAC